AUGCUUGGGCCACCCGUCAACCUUCCAAAGUGGCUUGAAGAAAACUCCCAUCUGCUACAGCCCCCUAUCAACAACUACUGUGUCUACAAUGAAGACUUUAGUGUCAUGAUCGUUGGUGGUCCAAAUGCCCGCACUGACUACCACAUCAACCAAACUCCCGAGUGGUUCUACCAAUACAAAGGAGCAAUGAUGCUCAAAGUCGUCGACGAAGGGGAAUUCCGUGACAUCAUCAUCCGUGAAGGUGAUAUGUUUCUCCUACCUGGAAACACACCGCACAACCCCGUCCGCUUCGCCAACACAGUUGGAGUUGUCCUAGAGCAGCGUCGUCCUAAGGACUCACUCGAUCGUAUGCGUUGGUACUGCGCUGACUGUGGUGAGAUUGUUCACGAGGCUGCGUUCCAUUGCACCGACCUUGGCACUCAAAUUAAGGCAGCCGUUCAAGACUUUAAGAGCAGUGAGGACAAGAGGACUUGUUCCAAGUGUGGUACUAUGGCUGAUGCGGCACCGAAGCCGGGCACUAUUCAGGAUCCUAAUCUGUCGUGA